GCGCGUGUGUGUGUGUGUGUGUGUGUGUGUCUUCAUCUCGGGCUGUUUUUAUAGGCCAUGUCUCAGAGGAGGGCAGCUGCUGGGUGAUGAUUGGCACCCUGUUCCCGAUCUCCUUCCCUUACACUUCCUGUCUUCCUGUGGCUGAACCAAUAGCGCUGCUGAGUGACUGCAAAUCCAAUCAGGAUUUCAGGGGGUCUAAACAACCUCUUUUCAUGUAAAUGUCUAAUGGCCCCUUUGUGUCAAGCACGGCUCACGCUGCGCCCUCAGAGAGAGCGUGGUGAGAAAGCUGCACGCACCUUUUUAAAAGAAUAAUCCGAGGACUGAUUGGGCCUUUAUGGCAACGAGAUUCCGGCUGAUAUCCUUUCUUUCCUGCUUCUCUGAAAAUGAAGACAAGAUUGCUGCACCUUCACAUCCAAGCGACAUAAACAGAUCAAUUAAGACACACAUGCACACUCCCCACACCGCAGCCUCUGAAGGUCAGAGCUGGGGCUGCUGCAUGCUCCUUUCAUCUGCUUUCAUUUAUUUAAUGCAGACUAUGUGUAAUUUAUUAUAUUUGAUAUUCCAUUAAUCCCAAACCAACAGCGACAUGCUUGAAACAAACGUAAACACUUGUCAUUAAAUUAGCUGCUCUCACAGUUGCUGCAGGAAAGACAAACUGCAGCGUUGAGCUGCUGGAUGUCAGCUCGGUGCCAACACCUUGUUUCCCUUAAUGCUGCAGCCUGGGCACAAGUCUGCAGCAUCACAGCAAGCACAUCUGGAUACUUUUUUUUCUAUCCUAAAAAAUUUCAAGAAGCACCUUCCUGUAUUCUCACCAUAUGUGUUUGCUUCUGAUAUACGCAGUAAUGUGUAAAAGAUGAUGUUCCACUGCACUCGGGCCAGCCAGCCAGGCCGGUAUUUGUAGCUGUGUGAUUCUUACCAGCUGCAGCUCGCACACUGAGCAGGUAGAAGAAAGACUUGAUGCAGCAGCAGUGAAAACCUACCAGCCCUUAGCUGCAGUUAAAAGACUGAAAGAGUUUUUGGUUGGUGUUACAGCACAGCUGCACUUGAUGGCAGCUUCUGUGGGUACAGUAUGAGCUGCUCAGAUUGACAGGAACAUUUCCCAGGCUUCAUGUGGUAUUUAUCAGAGAGCUCUGGUAAUCUGAGCCGAGGGAUUUCUUGGAGAAUUAGCGGCGAUCAGAAAUGUAAGGCAUGCAGAAAUGUUGGGGCUCCACAUGAAGGAGGAUCCAGCAGGCAGCAAAAUGAUGUUUGCGAGUGUCUGAGUUUCAGUCACACACGUUGGUGUCCUACUAAGUGAUGUGUCACACCCUCCACAGGCAGGUCCAUUAAUCAUUAGGGGAAGAACAACAAAGCUGCCACUCCUGCACACCUGAUAGAAACACAGCACUGUGACGCCACAGUGUAAUAAACACCAACGUGACUGAAGCUUAGUUUACACCACAUUCCUAUCUGUUCAAUAAAUACAUGCUCAUAAGUUUUGGUCAGCAUGAUUCACCAGCAAAGCUGUGAUGUCAUUUUAAUCUCAGUGUUACUGUAAUUGUUACAUUUGUACUAUUUUCCAGAUGUAACAACACUGAAAGUCUUUCUUCCUGGACACGAUGAAUGUUCUUUCCUCAGAAAUGCCCCGUCACACAUAACUGACCUUCAGCUACGUGUCUGUACGUCACUGUGUGAUUGUACAAAACCUUUCUAAGCACAGUUUGAAAUCAGGUGCUUUUAUUGUGAAAGAUUGACGGUGUUAAGAACAAGUUAAAGCAGAAUGUGGUUUCGCUGCAGAUGUAGUUGGUCGUGUUGUCAGAUAUUCAGUCGCCUCAAGGUGCUUUAUACUGUAAGGUAGACCCAACAAUAACACAUACAGACAAAAACCCAACAAUCAUACGAGCCCCUGUGAGCAGAGGAAAAACUCCUUUUAACAGGAAGAAACCUCCGGCCCAUCCAGGCUCAUCUUGGGGUGAAAGCUGUGCGUCCGACUGCAUCUGGUGCCAGUUACAGAGCAGUGGGCGUCCAGUAUUGUGGACGGACUCGUUUAUUUAGCCUCUAUCUGUGGCGUGUCUGUGAAUGUGUCAGUGAUUGUAGAGGAAAACCUCGACAGGAACUAGAUUCCCAUUUAUGAGAAAGGUUAGAUGUGUUUGGAGUGCCUGACAUUUUCUGUGUGUGAUGACAUCUGUGGUAUGCAGGGUUGGGUUACCUGUUUCCACAUCAAUACCAGUGCCUUCAACACAGUGUUUGAACUGGUAGGUCUCAGGGUAAGGAUCAUCGUGGCAUUAUUUAAAUCAUUUUUUUGUCAUCAGUGAGGUGAGUCAUGGCGUGGUGAUGCACAGCGAGGGCAUCCUGUAAGUAUUAAUAGAAGGACUGUUGUCCUGUAUUAGCUCCAGGGUGACAUUUCUGACAUUCCUCAGGAUUAAAAGAAAUGAUGAUUUAAUCCAACGUGAUAAUAGAGAUAGUAUGGUCUCAUGCAAGAGCGAGAAGCUAUUUUUAACAGCAGACGUUACUCGUGCAUCGUUUGCUCUUCAUACAAAUACCUCCGGUUGCAGCAAGUGUUGUAAUAAUGAAAAGGGCAGCGGCACAAAGGUGGAGGAGAGUCAACACAAACUGAAGAGGGGAGAUGUAUUUAUGGAAGCUGCACUGAGCGCUGACACCUACACACACACACCUCCACAGUGAACAGGUCACAGUGACACAUGGCAGUUUUAAAUGUGGCUGAAUGACAACACCUAGCCUGAAGACAUGUACAGACCUGCAGGUGUGCUUCUCCGGUUCCUCUAAUUCCGUCUCUGGCAGCUGACAGACAUUCAGAUUCCUGAAACUGGUGUGCCUCAAUUAGUUAGAGCGUCCUUACUGUCAGCUUCCACGGCUGCAGGGCUGACGCCUGGGAAACAGCUCAUAAGCCCUAAAAGAGUAGAUACGUUUUAGAGUUAUUGAUCUGGCAGCGCGGUGGUUAGCACUGUCGCCUCGCAGCAAGACGGGUUCAAUCCCACCAUCAGGCCGGGGUCUUUCUGUGUGGAGUGUUCUCCCCGUGUUUGUGUGGGUUCUCUCCGGGCACUCCGGCUUCCUCCCACAGUCAUGACAUGCAGUUAGUGGGGAUAGGUUAAGUGGAAAUUGCCCGUGAGUGUGAAUCUAUGUGUUAGUCCUGCGACAGGCUGGCGACCUGUUCGGGGUGUACGCCGCCUCUCGCCCUAAGACAGCUGGGAUAGGCUCCAGCGCCCCGCGACCCUGAAAAGGAUACGUGGACGAGACUGGAGGAUACGAUCUGGACUUAAGAGAGUUGCCAACAAAACAAUGUAACAACUUUUAGUAAUGUGACGUCUUAUUGGUUUCUUUUUGUUCGGGUAAAGAGCCCAAAUGUGACACCUUUCCCUGUGAAGCUUCUACUUGAGGUGCAUUUUUAAAGAGUUUCACAUUGAGGCUCAGCAGAACAAAGAAACUCCGGGCCCUUUGAUAUCUGUAUUUAAAAAAAGAUUUUUAUUUCCAAGCAAGAGCAAUUCAAUCCAUGACAAAUCCCAUUUACUUGAAAAGUCAAAUCUCGGCGCUAAAGGCUUACAGGGCGAGCUUGAAACGAGGAACGCUGUCUGCGUACAUCUGCGUUAAACCCCCCAGUUUUUAUCUUUUUGGCCCCUUCAGCUCCUUUAACUCCACUUUUUCCAGUGAAAGCUGCUGUCAAUCACCCUCAGAAUUAAAAAAAGCUAAUCAUCUCUUUGCAGUGGGAGACGCACCUUCAGUGGGUUUUUGUGGAAAAGGAUCAAACAGGCUGCUGAGCAUUUUGUGUCCCGCAGCCGGAUGCGCAGCCUCACAGGUGCUCUCUUCAGGGGAAUCUAGUGUUUCACAGGGAAGCGUUUCAGCUCAGUGAAUAUCAAUCACAGACACACACUCCACAUAUGUGUGUCUGCGUCUCCCCCGAUGCAGUAUUCACAGUGGCAUUGAAUCGUAGGGAGUGAGUCAUCCCUGGAGGUAUUGUUCUGUUGGCCAAUCAAAGCGAUGGAUGGAUGUCCGGUGUUUAGAGUCUCCCUCUGUGCGGCAUGCGAAGCAGGAAAAUGUGUGUUGCAGGAGGUCGUGGUGCAGCUUGCUCAAUUGUUUUCAGUUUCUGUUACUCUCAGCUUGACAGUAAAUUUCCAUUCCUGUCCUCUGAAACCCAGAAAACUCAAGACGGCUUCACACGAGUACGUUUCUACAAAGACUGGCUCCAAAUCACCAGGAAACCUACUCUAUAAUAUCCUGAUGAUGAUUUUUCAUCUGUAGCUUCAUGGUGGCAGCUCCCAUCUUUGGUUACCUGGGCGACCGCUUCAACAGAAAGGUCAUCCUGAGCUGUGGCAUUCUCUUCUGGUCCAUUGUUACCCUGUUGAGCUCCUUCAUCAGUAAAGAGUACUUCUGGCUGUUUGUGCUCUCCAGAGGACUCGUGGGCAUCGGAGAAUCCAGCUACUCCUCCAUCUCUCCCACCAUCAUAGGAGACCUCUUUACUAGUAACACCCGCACCAUGAUGCUCUCUGUCUUCUACCUGGCCAUCCCCCUGGGAAGCGGGCUGGGCUACAUCCUGGGCUCCAGCGCCAAGGAGGCUGCAGGAGACUGGCACUGGGCACUCAGGGUUUCCCCAGUUUUAGGCAUCACUGCAAGCGUUCUCAUCCUGCUCCUUGUCCCUGACCCAAAGAGAGGGAGCGCCGAUCAGCUGGGAGGUCGCAUCAGGAGCCGCACCUCCUGGUUGUGUGACAUGAAAGCGCUCGCCAAGAAUCGGAGCUACGUGUUCUCCUCCUUGGCUUCGGCAGCGGUCUCCUUUGCCACGGGUGCGUUUGGUAUAUGGAUUCCUGGCUACCUGUUUAGAGCCCGGGUGGUGCAGAAGACGGCAGAGGCUUGCACAAAAGAGAUUUGCAGUAGCACGGACAGCAUGGUGUUCGGGGCCAUCACAUGUGUGACGGGGCUGUUAGGCGUGGUCAUCGGGGCUCUCACCACACGCCUGUGUCGCCAGAAGACAGAACGAGCCGACCCUCUGGUGUGCGCCGUCAGCAUGCUGGGCUCGGCCAUCUUCAUCUGCCUCAUCUUCGUGGUGGCCAAGAAGAGCAUCAUUGGAGCUUACGUUUGUAUCUUUAUUGGAGAGACGCUGCUUUUCCUCAACUGGGCCAUAACAGCAGACAUCUUAAUGUUUGUUGUUAUACCCACGCGGAGAGCAACAGCUGUCGCGUUCCAGAGCUUCACCUCUCAUCUCCUGGGCGAUGCAGGAAGUCCGUACCUGAUAGGCCUGAUCUCGGACGCCCUUCAGCAGAAGUACACUACAUCAGCACUGUGGCGGUUCCUGAGUUUGGGCUAUGCCCUCAUGCUUUGUCCCUUCAUCAUCGUCCUGGGGGGCAUGUUUUUCCUGGCCACCGCGCUCUAUUUCCUGGAUGACAAAGAUAAAGCCGAGGCCCAGUGUAACCAGGCAACACAGCCCCCUUCAGUCAAGGUGACGAGCAAAUGAGGAGCUACCUGAAUGCACAACCAAACCUGACAAAGGAUGACUAGACGGCGAUAAAAGAAAGGCUUCUUUAUGCUCCCAGUCAUCCUCCCCAAGAUCAUCAUCCUCCUCCUCCUCCUCUUGGCUCCUGCUGCUCUCUGUUUUUUUACAGUCUCGCUGAGGUGACUGGAAAGAGGGAGCGUCUUGCCCCUCCUUCUAAACCACAGCCCGGUGAGAAGGUGCUCAACCCACCCUCCACUUGGAUCGUGUCCUCCUCGCCUCUGUGAGGAUCCUCUGAACUUUUGCAGGCCAAGUCCGCCGUAAGCCCUCCUGAUGCUAAACUACUGAAUGCUGACCACGAACCUGCCCUGUCUGUCUGCCUGUCUGUCUCUUAUCGGCUGUCGAUCUGCAACAAGUGCCAUAGCAUCAUUACAUUCCUUCGGAUUUGCACUGACCGCCAACAGCCCUCAUCACUAGCUAUGUUUACAUGCAUUCGACUAAGCCACGCAUGCUCUGCUGAAGCUAAAGCAGCUGCAGGAAAACGCAGCAGCGGUGCAGGCGUUGUUUAUCUCUUUAAACAAGUGACUGAUGUCGCAUUACUCAUCACAGUCUCGCCGCAGUAACAGCAGAAACAGCAAAUUCAGUGUUUACACCAUAAAUCCAGUAUUUUCACAGUGAAAGUUUUGCCGUGCAUGUAAACAAGCUAGAGCCAAAAAUGUGUUGCUUUGGGAAAGGUCAGUGAACGAGCCUUAAAGUCGGAGCUUUCACACCUGCAGAUGUUUCUUUGAGCCCCGCGUGCGUUUCCACUUGGAUGAGAACUCGUUAUGUUCGGAUUGUUUGUGUCGUUUUCUGUUUAUGUCGGAUUUGAAGCUGGAGGUUACUGCCUAUGAUUGUUUCCUAACCGUGAUGAUGCAGUCUGGGCAAUUUAAAGUGGACACUGGAUAUGUAUAGUUUAUAUAAUUUAUAUUUAUAAUUUAUUCUAUUCAUGCUUUUUCCAAAAGUCAAUGUCAUGCUAGUCUUUUGACUGUUUAUGUACACGAGAAGCAAUACUAAGAACAUUUAGAAGAAACCAACCUUUUUGUUUCACACUGCCUUAUCAGUGAGCUCGGCUUCCCUUUAAAGAGGUCGCUCUCUGAUGGUUGGUUUUGAAUUUCUGGACACACCACCCACCCACACAGGGGCCGAGUCGCUCUUAAUGGUGGAUCGCAGUCCAAUCAUCAGCGGUUACAAUAACAGGCAUUGUGAAAAGAGGCCCUUCCCCUCCAACUGCAGAUAUCCCAUUGCAUCAGUUUAUUAGCGAGGGGAAUCAAAAUCCCAGACAGGAACAGGAAACGCGAGCUCGUAUCGUUGCAAACUGAUGAAUGAGGAAUCCCCCUAAAGAGCUGAAAGAGCUUCAUUUCUGCCUGCCGUUUCCAUGGGUACACAUCUCUCACGAAGAAAACAAAACAACAAUUGUCAGUGAGGGAAGCUAUAGCAUGUAGCUUGCACAUAACACAAGCGAUGGUGAAGGGUGAAAGUGAUUAUUGUGAAACCUCAGAGCCACUAAUGGGAUCCCAGGUUUUUAAGGGGGAAAGAUGCACUUUGCAGACCUGGAAGGAACCACAGAAGGCAGAGGAUGCACUGACCUUAGCUGAGGAACAAAAGGAGACUCCGAGGUGGUUCCUGUAGCAUUGAUGUGUGACUCACUGGCUGUGUGGGGGUGCUGUGUGGGCUGUGUCCUUGCUGCCAGAUCAUUAGCUUUAGCUUCUUCCUCCAACUGCGUGGAGCUCUCUGAAUGUGAUUCUGUCCCACCCGAUGUGUUUACACCACCUUCAUCUUCUUAACGAACUAAGCUUCUUACCUUCCAUUUAUUGAUCUUCUUUUCCUUUGUAAUGUUGUCAGAGGACUUUUUGAAUACCUACAGUAGAGAUAUAUAAAGCUAUACCAUGCAGCGAUUUUAAUAUAUUGUAAAUGAUGGCUUGGAUGCAAUGUAUUUAUUUGUUUGUUACAUAUUGAAGAAUAUUCUAUAAAGGGAAAUUUAAGGCUGCAGUAUAAUAGACUGAGCCAUGUGUCACUGGGUUGGAAACCUUUUCCUGUCAUACUGAAACAACACACGCCCCUUUUGCAUUAGCUGGAUUACGAUUGGACAUCUCCCACGUGUAGACACAGAAAUAAAUGCAAUGGGUUGUUUUUAAGACACAUUAGUCUCAUUGUAAGGAUGCAAUUUAUAUUAAGCUCAUUUAUGUGUUUUUAUUUGUAGAUUCAAAACCAUUUUUGCACAUUUAAUGAUCAGGGAUUUCUUUGAGCCACCGCCUCGCACCAUCGACGGCCCGGCCUCUCGGCGCUAGCGUGUCGUCGUCUGUCAUCCGUAGGAACUUCCGCUCUGAUCAGACGAGCCAUGGAUCGAGUUUCACGUUGCCAAAAUUCAGUUGAUUUAGCACCAGUCCGUCCUUUUAUCUGUCGUAAAUGUAUGUUAACAAUCACUGAAGUGAUGUCUCGAGGAAAUGCUUCUUGUCAUACAAGAGUCUGUACAAAUAAACUCACGUUGAGCAGAAGAGAAAAAAACAAAAAACAGAAGUUAUUUUUAUUUUUAGAGGACGUCAGUACACGUGUCCGAGAAGUCAAAGGGUAUUCUUUUAGAGCUGGAAUGUGAUGCUCCCGUGGGUGGAUGAUGGAAAAAUGUACAGGUCUGUAAAUCAAAUAAACCUAUUCACACACACGUCUGUGCGUCUCUGUGUGUCUGUAACGCCACGGCCAUGUGUGUUCAUGGCGUUUGCUUCGUCUCGCUGUGUGAAUCUGAGGACAGCUCGCACUGCAGCAGCGCCUCGACUGAUAUUUAGAGGCUGCGCGUAAACUAGAGCAAGAAUCUGUGUGUUUAAAUAGUGCUUUAAUGUUCGGUGCAAGGAUCAGUUCUGGCUGGAGUUGCAGAUAUUAAUCUGUAACGUAGUUUGUUUGUAACUUUAAUACAAGGAU